GUGGUAACAGGAUGUACAACCACCAGCAGAAGUUAAUGGCUCAGCGGCGGGUCCAGGAGCAGCACCGGCAGCAGGAGGCCCAGCGGGUGGACAGAGAGCGGCAGGUCCAGGCCAGCCUGAAGGAGCAGGGCUUCGAGAGGAGGAGAUAUCUGCGACAGGUGCAGCAGGAGCUCAGGGAGAAGCAGAUAGAGAGCGCCCUGCUCAAGGCGGAGGAGGAUCGAGUUAACCGGGAAAGGCAGCUUGAACAGGAGGAGAGAAUGGCCAGGGAGCUGGCCCGCAUCAACCACGAGAAGCAGAAAGAGGAGAAAAUGAGGCAGUAUAUCAAAGAGAACAGCAUGGAGCUUCGAGAGCUGGAAUUGAAGCUGAAGUCUGCGUACCUGAACAAGGACAGAGCCGCACAGAUUGCUGAGCAGGAGGUCAUGAGGUUUGAGACAAUGCGUGAAGAGGCAGACUACGCUCGCAAGAUGAGGAGCGAGCGGGAGCGGGCAGCCGUUGAGCAGCAGAAGCUGCAGCAGAAGCGCCAGGAGGAGAUGGUGCAGUAUCAGAAGGAGCUGGAGCAGCAGCUCAUGGAGAGGGAGCGCAGGAGACAGGAGGCGUAUGAGGAGUUCCUCAAAGAGAAGCUCAUGGUGGACGAGAUCGUCAGGAAGAUUUACGAGGAGGAUCAGAUGGAGCGGCAGCUGAAACUGGAGAAAGUCAGAGCCACCCAGCAGCACGUCGAAGAGUUCAAGAGACAGCAGGCCGAGUGGAGACGCAUGGAGCGAGAAAGGAUGGAGGCCGAGAACCGGCGCAUCAUGGAGUUUGCCAGGCAGCAGCAGCACAUGGAGGAGGACAGGAUGGCCAAGCUAAAAGAGAGAGAAGAGGCGAAGGAGCAUCUCCAUAAAUUGCUCUGCGUGAAGAUCGAGGAGGAGCAGCAGCAGCGUGAAGAGAUGGAGCGUGUCCGUCAGGAGCUUUAUUUGGAAGAGCAAGAAGAGGCUAACAGGCAGAGAGAAAUCGAAGAGAUGGAGAAGAAAAUCAAACAGAGGCUGAUGAUGCAGCAGACCUUCCAGGAGCAGCUGGCUUUCAAAGAGAUGCGGAGGCAGGCUGAGAAAGAGGAAGAGGAGGCCUUCAGGAAGAUGAUGAUGGCCAAGUUCGCAGAGGACGACCGUAUAGAGCAGAUGAACGCCCAGAAACGACGCAUGAAGCAGCUUGAACACAAACGUGAGGUGGAGAAACUAAUAGAGGACAGAAGACGACAGCGGGAGGCCGACAUGGAGCUGGAGGCUAAAGAAAGAGCGAUUGAGGAGCAGAAAGAGGCGUUGCGGAGACAGAUCGUUGAAGAAGAAAGGCAGAGGCUUCUGAAGCGUCACGCAACACAACUCCUUGGAUACUUGCCUAAGGGCUUGCUGCGGGAGGAUGACCUGGAACACUUUGAUGAAGACUUCAGAAAACACUUUAAAACACGUCAGGCUGAUGCUUUCUCUGAUGAUGGCUGGGAGGCCAACGAUUAGAUGCUUCUCCUCCAAUCUGCCACUAGAGGGCA